AUAAAGCACGCGUUGUGUACACAGAGAAGUCAAAUUCGUUAAUACUGCACGUGGUAGUAUUCAUUCGUUUUCAAAUUUUCAAGUUUAAUUUUUUAUUGAAUUUAGGGAAUAUAUCAUACACACGUCUUGAUAUUUUGUAUCAAGUUAUAUUAUUUACUGAAUUAAUUUUUUACUGAAUUCAAAAUUUCUUAUACCCUGUACAGUUUGCUGGUCUGGUAGUCUUCAUUCGUGGUAUAGUAUUCAUUCGUGUUAUAAUCUAUUCAACAAAUAAGAAUUAAAUAAGAAACAAAUUAUAUCUGGUUUUAAACCUUAAAUUUAGUCGAAUUUUAAAAUUCUAAGAGAGGAAAAAAUAUAACUAUGAAAGUUUGCAUUCUUUUUGUUUUGAUUGCAGUUGUCUUUGCAUUUGAAAUUUCUGACAACUGUCCAGCGAAUAAAACACUUGGAUAUUUUGGCGACUGCCCGGAAUCAUGCCUCUCGCUCGUAGUACCGCCAGCAUUUUGCACGCUCAAAUUGAAUUAUGGCUGCAUGUGCAAGGAGGGUUACGUUCUUCUUCAAGAUAAUGAAUUUUCUUCCGAUUGUAUUAAGCCAGAAGACUGUCCAGCUGCUUAUGAUUGUGAAAAAGCCCCGGAUAGUGGUAUGUGUAGAGGAUACUUCCCUCGUUAUUACUACGACCCAGAAGCCAGCCAGUGCAAGGAGUUUAUCUACGGUGGAUGCGGUGGUAAUCUAAACAACUUCAAGACUGAAGACGAAUGUAAAAAUAGAUGUGGAGCGUAAAGUUCCUCAACAAAAGAAAAUCUGAUGACCAAUGGGAGAACGAUUCUAUGUUUCGACUACGAAUUCUUUUGUGCUUUAAUAUUUAAAAUACUUUUUAUGUUAGUUUAAAACGAUAAUAUUAGAAUAACUCGAUUUUAUCUGUCAGAUUUU